CUCAUCUCAUUUAGUAGAAGAUUGUAAAUACUGGCUGUGAUGCACCUGAGGUAAAGUUGAUAUAGACAAAAAUCAAGGUAGAACUUUAUUCACAUGAAUAAUUCCAGGUGAAAAACGAGCCAAAAUAUAAACUAUGUUUAAGGAUUUCUUAGAGUAUUCACAUCAUUGCCGGUGGAGAAUCACUCAAGUAGAUGCAUACAUAAUAAUAGGUUUGCCAAUCCAUGUAAUUUAGAGUGAAACCCAUAACCAUCAUGACAAUGAACAAUUAAUUUUGGAUUUUGUAAUCAUUACUGGUUUAAUUGUAUAUUACAUUUAGACCAAACUUUAAAUUUUUAAUAUGGAUACAUCAAAUUGUGAAUGUCAAACAUUAAUUCUCAAUCACACACCUAGAUUUCAUGAAAGCAGUUUUAAUUUUUAAUAAAAAUAAGGAUGAAAUCAUUUCCAUAAAAUGCAAAUCUGACCUUAAUUAUAAACAAUUGGAAGACUUAAAACAAUUGAACCAAACAUUGCAAAAAAGAUGUACCACACUGACAUGAGACGCCUAAUUAAUCAGUUAUUUUAACACACUCUAAUGCAAAUCAGAAAUAAUAAAAUGGCAAUUGUGUUAAAAAUAGUUGAAAUAUCUAUUAUGUAUUCAGUGCUAAUAUGUGCCAGGUUGUGUGUUUAGUUUUUUACAUACAUUGUACUUUAUAAAUUAUUUUUCCCAGUGUAGAUUAGUAAACUAGGUUAGUAGACACUAAGUAAUUUAGUACAGGUCACAUAUUACAACUUGCAAAGCUAGAAUCAUUUGUAGUCUCACUGACUACAGAGCUCAUUGACUAGAUUAUUAAAUUACAUUAUCUGAACUAUUACAAUUACUUAUACAACCAAAGCGACCCUCACUGACUUAUAGAAUCAUAGGAGCUUUCUGAAAGUUUGAUUGGACACUAUUCUUCCAUAGGUGGGCCACACGUUUAUUUAUCAUUUUAAAUUUUCCUAUUUUAGUCCUUAAAUCAAUUACCAAUUUCUUGUGUAAAAGCAGCAAUUUAAAAAUAUGUUUUCAGUAGUAUUUAUGCAUACAGUAAUGUAAUGUUUUACAAGAUAUAUUUUUAAAAUUUUAAUGAUUUUUCUGAUUUCCUAAUUUAGAAAAAACAUCAUUUGACAAUACCUCAGGUCCUUUUAAUAAAUGAAUGUAACUCACUAACAUUGUAUGUUAGUAUAAGAAGUUACUCUGUAUGCUGACAGAACUAUUUUAUCUUAUGGCACACAAUCCUUAACCAUCAAUGACUCUUAAAACUAUGAUAAAAUUUGUGUAUUUCUAAAUACAGUAUUUUGAUUGUUGACAUAUGCAGUCUAUUGGUGUGAAACAUUUUUGAAGAAUCUAACCUUAAUUUAAUACCAAUUUUUCAUGAACUUCCUAGUUCUCACAAGUUUAAUGUUUUUAUUGUUCCCACUAGUAAUAUUAUGUCAAAUACAGAAUACAUCUAAAAAAUUGCCAAUUAUAUCAUGUGAUUUUUGUUUAAAGCUUUAGGAAAUUAGUAGCAGAAUUUUACCUAGGUUAACAGCAAAGUAAACAUUAUUACUCAGCCCCAACACAUGCACAUUGCCUAUACCAGGGAUCCUGUCAAAAUAUACACCAUUUAUAGCUUCUUAAGUGCAGUUAUCAUAGAGCACAGUCCCUCACAUCACACAGCUGCAGAGAUGAAUAAACAAAGAGGAACCUUCUCAGAAGUGAGUCUGGCCCAGGACCCAAAGAGGCAGCAAAGGAAACCUAAAGGCAAUAAAAGCUCCAUUUCAGGAACCGAACAGGAAAUAUUCCAAGUAGAAUUAAACCUUCAAAAUGCUUCUCUGAAUCAUCAAGGGAUUGAUAAAAUAUAUGACUGCCAAGGUUUACUGCCACCUCCAGAGAAGCUCACUGCUAAGGUCCUGGGAAUCAUUUGCAUUGUCCUCAUGUCUGCUGUGUUAAAAACGAUAGUUCUUAUUCCUUUCCUGGAGCAGAACAAUUCUUCCCCAAAUACAAGAACCCAGAAAGAGACGGGGUUUCAUCAUGUUGACCAGGCUGGUCUUGAACUCCUGAGCUCAAGAAAUCAACACAUCUUGGCCUCCCAAGUUGCUGGGAUUACUGACACAAGCCACCGCCCCUGAGUGCUCAUGUACCAUUUAGCUUGUGUUUUAAAAAUCUACUUUUUCUGCCCUCCCUAUUUUUAACUAGAUGAUGUUUUAAAAAUUACUUUUCCCUCUCUAUAUAGUUUGAUUUAAGCAUUAGUCAUUUACAACAAAUAUUCAUAUUAAAAUGCAGACCGUUAUGAUUGGAAAAUAAAUCAAUGAACAAUAUAAUGAGUGGUUUUUAUAUAUUUCAAUCUCUGGCGUGGUGAUAUAGUACAAUAUUUUUUAAUUAUUUAUUCUUCCCAGAGACAUAUAUUUCAAUGAGAGUUAUCUGAUUAAUUUAUUUUAAAAAAACUGAAUGAGAGAAUUUUAAGAACUAU